AUGCGUCACCUACCUGCAAAGGACAUAUAUAACGAACUCCAGUCCCUCCCGGGUCCCCUCUUCCACUCUCCGUCACCGGUGGCCGCCGAGGGCAAAAUCCCCCGCCUGCAAAGUGAAAUCGCCUCGCUGCUCGUGCACCCUCUCCUCGAGGCUGCUCUCCACCUCCUGAACCACUCGCUUUACGCACCACACUUCUUGCUGCGCAAGAUGCAGAACUCGCGAGGAGGUCAGCACCUUCAUGGCGUCCUGCACCGCGUAGAAGGGGAUUACGAGAAUGCGAGAAUCUGGUAUAGGGAGGCCAGCGGGACUGAAACGCCGCCAAAGGAGGUCACGAAUAGGGAGAGAGAGGAAGUGUUCGUGGAGUUCUGGUCCAAGCACACGCACCUGCUACAAGAUGAGGACGAGAACGGACAACAGGAUAAAGCACAUCGAGCCAGGGCCGCGGCCACAGCGUUCAUCGACCGGGUACAACAGAUGAAAGAGCAGUCGAAGGGCCAGGUGUUCGACGCUGGUCUGCGGACGCCGGAGAGAGAGGAGCUCGAGCGGAUAAGCAAGGCGGAGCUGAACACGGUCGCUGAGUGGGCGGGAAACACCUUCGGAUGGGGUAGUUGGGGCGAAGGAGAUGGAGAGGCAAAGGACGCGAGCGGCGCAUAUACUGGGAACACGAAGGAGCAGAAGGAAAUAUUCAUGAAGCAGAUGGGAGAGGGUAUCAGGAAAUUUUGA